AAAGUAACAUCCGAACUUUUAAUUUGUAGUGACGCAGAGCGGAAAUAGAGCGCUUUUGAAGUUGUGUUUGUUUGGGUGGUCUGAAGUUAAAUCUGUGACAUUCUUGAAGUGAAACGUCUCGUCGUUUGUAAAUCAUGGAAUCGUCCAUGAGAGGAAGGGCCAAACGCAGGCACUUGGGGCCCUCAGAAUGUAACGACCUGGUGCAAAGCACGUCUCUCACACAGCCUUUCAAUGUUAACCUCAGCCACACAGAUCCAAACCGAGGACUUCAGCCGAGGACCCCCACCAAAAGAAGCAGACAAGGUGGUGCGGGACAGCAGAAAGGCAUCACCAGCUUCUUCUCCGUCACCGGAGUCAUCAGCACCAGCCCCCAAAAAGGAACCAAGACUCCAGUGAAGGAGGAGGAACGGGAACCGAUCGGUCAUCUCAUCCCAAAAGAAGAAAAUGAAGAAGAAAAGAUUGAGGACUAUAUGGAAGGCAUCACCGAGGACAUGUUUGAUGAUGCCUUUGAGGUAGGAACUGCAUCUGUCAAAAAAGAAGAAUCGUUGGAAGUUGCUGUGACAAAAGAAGAGGAUGAAGAGGACCUGGUUGAAGCCAUCCCCGAUGCCUGCUUUGGGCUUCUAGGAGUGCAGGGGGGCCAGGAGGUGCCCAAGGGCCAUGUCCAGGAUCUGCCCGAGGAGGUCCUGAGGCAAGUGUUUGCACACCUUCCAGCAGAUGACCUCUAUCACAACAUCAGCUUGGUGUGCCAUCACUGGAAGGAUGUCGUCAUGGACCCCCAGUUUCUGCCGUGGAAGAAGCUGUACUGCAGAUACCGUAAGCAGCAAAAUGAGGCGCUGAAGGAGGUGAAGUCUAUCCUUGAUGACAAUCACAUUAACAGAAAGGAUGACCUGUGUCUUCUCAAUAUGCUGAGGUACAUGUCUCGGUUCAAACACAGCAAACGUGUGAAUGUGAAGGACGUGUUGGCGUGUGUGAAAGCGCAUCAGCUCUACGCUCAGGCUGAAGCCUGUAUCAGAGUCAGAAUCCCGGACAUGGUGGAUGACGAGGGUCCAAACCCUUGGUCUGCCAUGGCCCUGAUGUUGGUUCUGGCUGAUGGGGUGAAAGAUGUCUUGGACCUGGUGGCUCUCUUGCAGAAGUCUGGGUGUCUGCUGACAGCGGGGGGAAUCUCCGAGUACUUGUGGGCCGUAGCGACUUUGCUCCUGGCAAUGAGAAAGAACAAUAUUAACAUAAGCAACAGGUGGCAUUACAAUAUCUUUUAUGUGCUGCACUUAAUGGAGAACGCUCCUCCUCCUGCGGGCUUACAAGACAAAAGACAGUUUCUGACUCAUGAGCAGCAGCAGAUACUUAACCAUGACAUCCAGAGUAACCACGUUGUUAAAAUAAUGGCUUUUGCUGGCACUGGAAAGACGAGCACGCUCGUAAAAUAUGCUCAGCGAAGGCCGCAUAUGCGCUUUCUCUACUUGGCCUUCAACAAAUCUGUGGCCAUGCAAGCUCAGCAGUCAUUUCCAAACAACGUCGAAUGCAGUACUAUCCAUUCAAUGGCGUUCAGAGCUGUGGGAGUGAGGUAUAAAAACAUGAAGAAACUGUCCAAUAACUUGCAGGUGUUUAGCGUGGCGUGGGUCUUGCCUAAAGGACUCGGAGGAUUUGUCAACGCUAAAGUGGUGACGCAAACGCUCCAGAAUUACUGGGCAUCUGUAGACCGGCGCAUUGGCCCGGAACACGUUCCACACGAAUACAAAAACACAAAUGGAUUGCUAGAAUGCCCAGACGAUCACAAAAAAAUGGCAUUUGCUGAUGCUGCACAGACGUUGUGGGACCAAAUGGUAGAGCUGAAGUCCAGAAAAGAGAGAGCGUACAACAUGACCCAUGAUGGAUACCUCAAACUCUGGCAGCUGAGUAAACCACAGCUGGGCCGAUAUGAUGCCAUAUUUAUUGAUGAAGCUCAAGACUGCACACCAGUCGUCAUGGGCAUCAUGCUCUCUCAGAACUGUGGGAAAAUCCUGGUUGGAGAUCCUCAUCAACAGAUUUACACUUUCAGAGGAGCAGUCAAUGCUUUGCAUGAAGUUCCUCACACACACGUCUAUUAUCUCACACAGAGCUUUAGGUUUGGAUCUGAAAUUGCGUAUAUUGGUGCUGCAGUACUAGACAGCUGUAAGAAAGUGAAGCAGAUAUUGGUUGGUGGGAAUCAGGAUGGAAGUGUUCGAGGGGAGGACACACAAACACUGCAGCACCUGAAGUUGGGACAGAGGCUGCCUGAAGGGAACGUAGCCAUUCUGAGUCGCUGUAAUGUCACAGUUUUCAGCGAGGCUGUCCGACUCACAGACGCCAACCCCACCUGCACAAUCUACAUUGUAGGAGGUGUUGAAAACUUUGGGCUGGACAAAAUCAUGGAUCUCUGGGUCCUGAUGCAACCAGAGGACAAACGCAAGAAUGAGAGCCUCCAGAUCAAGGAUUACUUUAUCCGUAGUUUCUGCAAAGAUAAGAUGGGUGGAUUCAGAGGUCUGAAGGCGUACGCCACGGCCUCAGAAGACCGCGAGCUAGAGGGCAAGCUAGCCGUGGUGGAAAAAUACAACAAACGCAUUCCAGAGCUGGUUAAACGCAUCUACGAUCGCGCCCAGAGAAGAGCAGAGUGCGCAGAUUUUAUCCUUGGUACGGUGCAUAAGGCCAAAGGCCUGGAGUUCGACACAGUCGCUGUGACAGAUGACUUCACAAAAGUAUCAUGUGCUCGACACAACCUGCAGGGAGUGGGCAGCUUUAAUGCAGCUGCAGCAAACGUCCCAGAUGAUGAGUGGAACCUGUUAUACGUGGCCAUCACUCGAGCCAAAAGAGCACUGUACAUCACCAAGACCAUCAGCAACAUCCUAACGUUCACUGGGGAGUACUUCCUGAGGUCAGGGCUGACCGGCACUCUGCUGGGUGAAGAAUUGUUUCUUGCCUGUUCCACUGAAGGCUGUCAGAACCACAUCACUGCAGACGCUGUCCUCAGCAUGAGCAAACUCCCUGUCAGAUAUAUGGAGAGCGAGGAUGCGGCCGGCGUUCUGUGUUUGACCUGUGUGGAGCAGCGUGUGGGACCUGCAGCCUUCCUGCUCUCUCCACCUGAACGGGUCAGAACCAUGAACUAUACCAAUGAAAGAAUAGGUUUGCCCAUCAACGUCGCCAUGCUGCUGUCUUUACUUUAAAUCCCACAUUUAAGUGCUCUUUUGCCUCUGUGUCUUCUGGAGUGAUUUUUUUUGCACAGUUCUUAAACUUUUUUUUUUUUUUUUUUUUUUUUUCCCAUUUUUUUUUUUUU